UCUUUCGGAAACAAGAUAGCCAUGGCCACAGAAAUUGGCUCCCCGCCCCGAUUUUUCCAUAUGCCGAGGUUCCAGCACCAGGCACCUCGGCAGCUGUUCUACAAAAGACCUGAUUUUGCACAGCAGCAAGCAAUGCAACAGCUUACUUUUGAUGGGAAGCGGAUGAGAAAAGCUGUGAACCGAAAGACCAUAGACUACAAUCCCUCUGUAAUUAAAUAUUUGGAGAAUAGAGUAUGGCAGAGAGACCAGCGAGAUAUGCGAGCAAUCCAGCCUGAUGCAGGAUAUUAUAAUGAUUUGGUCCCUCCUAUAGGAAUGCUGAACAACCCUAUGAACGCUGUGACAACAAAGUUUGUUCGGACAUCUACUAAUAAAGUAAAAUGCCCAGUGUUUGUUGUCAGGUGGACUCCUGAGGGGAGACGCUUGGUCACUGGUGCAUCUAGUGGAGAGUUCACUUUAUGGAAUGGACUGACUUUCAAUUUUGAAACGAUAUUGCAGGCUCACGACAGCCCUGUAAGGGCUAUGACUUGGUCACACAAUGAUAUGUGGAUGCUGACAGCAGACCACGGGGGAUAUGUGAAAUACUGGCAGUCCAACAUGAACAACGUCAAGAUGUUCCAGGCACAUAAGGAGGCGAUUAGAGAGGCCAGUUUCUCACCCACGGAUAAUAAAUUUGCUACAUGCUCUGACGACGGCACUGUUAGAAUCUGGGACUUUCUACGUUGCCAUGAGGAGAGAAUUCUUCGAGAUAAAGACUUUUUGCUGAAAACAGAACACUUUUCAAGGGAAGACAUUUUGAUUUUUACUGCUGAAAGUAUAUGUGUGUAUUGCAAGUAAAUGUCUUGGAAGUUUUAUAAAUUAGUAUUUUAUAGAGGAAAGGAUUUUUACAGCUUUUUCAACUAAAAAUGAUAGGACUGUUAAGUGUCAGCUUCAAAGAAGCACAGCUGUAAGCAUCAGAAGUACAGCUAUAUAGGAGAAAACGACAACUUUUCAAAAUAUUUUUUAUCUUAUAAAAGGUUUCACAGACUAAGUUUAACAUUUCUUCCAUCCCAGGCAGUUUGGAUUACUAUUUGUAAUUAUUAUGUCAGUGGAAGCAUCUGAUAUUUCUUGUUCUGCAAGAUGUUAUUUUGAUACAUUACACAGUCUGUCAAGUUCUGGUUUAUGUUUGAUUUAAAGCACAGGUUAGUUACAUAUCUUUUUUUAAAAUGCAGGAUUUUCUUAAUAUUUGUCAUAUUUUGUAUGAAUUGAGAUAUUCCAGAUAUAACUAGCUACAGCCAUGUGAAGAAGUAGUUGUAUCACUUCAGUAUAAUUUUCUGGUGUAGACAAGGCAAGGACUGCAAGUAUCUUGCAUAUAUUGUCUUUGAAGACAGAAAGUUAUCUUUUAACUGUUUUUGAUGAUUCAUAGAAAUUGUCUGUACCUUUUUGCUCACAAAAAUAAGCUUUUAAAGGGAACUGAUUGUUGCUAUUUAAGCAUGAGCCUGACCUGAGAAACUGAAAGUUAACUAUAACAGGACUGGAAUAGGUGAUUCUACCAGAUCCCCAAGAUCUCAGAGAAUAAACUUAAAAUUUCCAUUCAAAAAGGCUGAGGAAUGUGUUCCCUUGGCUGCUUAAAACUGGGAAAACCAAUAUAUUUUAGUAAAAACGAACCCAGCUUUCUGGUGUGUACUGGCAGAUGAAUAUUUUCUACCAUAUGUGCAAUAGGUUUUUUCUUUGGCUUGUUAUUUAGAACGAUGGAGCAUGAAAAUAUGUUAAAUGUUACAUUAAAAUCUUACUUUUUAAAAUUCCAUCACUUUAAAAAACCUUACUCUGAAAAGACUCAUAACACCUGAUAAAUUAGGAACUUAACUGUAGCUAUUCUAGUUCCCACAGAGUAAGAUGAAUUGAUUAAAAAAAUGUAGCUCAGGAUCCAGUUGAUUAUCACUAUUCUUAUAUAUUUGGGAAAAUCAAGUCUAACUAUUUAUACAAUAUUUCUACACUUGAACUUCUCUUUAUAGCUGUCUUCUUUCUUUCUUCUCCAAGAUGAUCCUAUUCUGCUUUAUUUUUCUGUAUGUGUGUUAAGAUUUAAGGAAGGAGUAGCUCUAAUAAGAAUUUAUUGUCCUCAGAUUGAGAAUUUGCAUAGCGAGACUUCAGUAUUCUUCCUUGCUUAACACAAGGCCUAAUGCUCAUUGGGAACUAUUUUUCAUCAAAAGUUGAGGUUCUUCCUGGCUUUAUGAAUGAUCAGGACACUUAGGAAAAAAUCUUCUUUCAAUUCAAUGAAGAGCCGAUUUUUUUCCCUGUUCCCCUUUCCCACGCCCAAAAUUUCCAUGGGAGAAACUUGUCCUGAGGUGGGGCAUAGAGUUUCAGAUUAAAGUAAAACAUAUUCCUUUGAAAAGAGAAUUUUCAUGAUUCUUUAAUAUUUGGAGAUAGAAAUUGAUGUAUAAGCGGUAUUCACAGGUAAGUAAUUUCCCACUUAAGUGCAAGUCUAAUGGGAAUCCCUAGAAGUUUGAUUUCAAACUCAUUUGAUGUUCCAGGUAUGUUGCCACUAGUAAAAUAAGUGUUAUGGUAAAGUUAAAUGUUCUAAAAAAGAAAAUAUUUUGGUUUAUCUCCUUCUGUAGUCCAGUGGAAAACACAUUUAAAAUGCCAUUUUUACUAGAGAGAUGGAGGGUCUUAUUUUCAGUUAUUUGCUUGGGUUUUUAGCUGUUCUCAUACUAGUGCGGUAGAACAGUGUGAGAAUUUUGCUUAAUUUUAUUGUGCAGUCUCUGUCUUUGGAAGCUUUCAAAAUAAAACUGUAUAAACACGAGCAACCUGGGCUGACCCAAUAGCUUUGAGCAGGAGAUUGAACAAGAGACUUCUGAGGUUCCUUCCAACCUGACUUACCCUGUGAUCUUGCAAAACAGGAAUUCAGUAUUGUAAAAGCUAAACAAAGGAACAAAAAAUCCUUGUGAUUUAAUUUUUAGUUACCUUCCGUUGUACACCAGCAUAAAUGACGUAAGGAACUGAAUUUCAAAAGACUAUAUCAGAAAUGCAUUACUUUUUUAGUUUGUUUUCCAGCUUUUAACAUGCCCAAAGAAAUGCACGCUGUUUGGAUUGGAAAGAUUUCUUAAUGUUUAGUGGAACAUUUUCCGGAGAUGAUAAAUGUUUGGUUAUUCCAUAGUGAUUAAUGCUUUGUUUGACUUAAUAAUUACUGAAGUUUAAGUAAUUAAGAGUCCUCCUACAAGCAAUGAAAAUUUGUUGUAAAUAAGAUGGAAGAUGUGCUAGUAUGCUGUCAACAUCUUCAAAGCUCUUCUGCUUAUGUAAUAACAGUGAGGUAAAAAGAUGUCUAUAGAUACAUAUGCAGUUGUUUUAUAUGCAUAUGUGUUUUCAGUUAGUCUCUAUACAGCCUUUAUAAUGGUACCCAGUGACACAUUUUAUGGACUUAGUUUGCUGCUUUCUUGUUUGCUUCAAAAUUAUGCAGUCCUGAAACAUAUUGUGCAGGCAGCGUUGUAAAGCUCUAAAGCACGUGCACAAUUAAAAUAGAUUGAAAAUGUUUGCUUUGAAAGAAAAAAGUAAUUUAGGUGAUUGUUUUACUCUUAAAGCAGCCUCAGUUUGUCCAUCUGCUUUGUCGUUGCUGUUCUUGAAGGUGCAUUUCUCUAGAUCAUGUUUCUAAAUUCUCCAGGGAGCCAUAAGUAGACCUGGUGUGUUUGCAAAUGUCAGCUUUUAUGCCUAGAUGAAAUGGGUGUUACAGAAUUUUUUUUCUUCUUUCAGGCAAAAGCUGGUCUACAUAGUGUAUUUCAUUGUUCAUGUCCGCACCUAUCCCAGGUCUUGACUGACCUUUAUGUCUAAAACCAAAUUAUAAAAUUAAUUUUCCAAGUUUAAGCAUAUUAACAGAAGACUGCACAAUAUUAAAUAUAAUUUUGAGACUGCAAUUAUCUUAAAAAAUAGAAGUUGCUUUGUCUUGAAAUAAAGUCCAAGCCCAAUUCAUUCUGCUGUUUCUGCUACAGAUGAGUUUAGAAAGGAAUGACACCACAUUUCGUAUCCGUAGACAAAAUGCCCCCUUCUGAAUUGUAAGUAAUCAGUAGCAAGGAACAGUUGCACACAGAAAGUGCUACCUGGACAGCUAUCAAGCAUACUUGUAAAAAUACAAUAGUACAAGAUCUAAAAAUUUUUAGCAAGGUAUCUCAAUUUUCUAAAGGUUGUCUGGGUUUGCAGCUUGGUAUGGUGCAUUGUGUUACUGCUUGCUGUUUGUGCCUGGUCAAGAAGAGUCCUGCCUCAUCCUUACAUCUGCCUUCUGCUCUUUCUUAUUCAUGCAUAAUUUGCAGGCAGAAAUAAUGUUUUUAAUUAGACUAGCUGAUAUAGUUAGGAAAAAAAAGAGGUGUUUUUUCAGGGUUUUUUUGUUUUUAAAAAUGCCACACUAACCUGUCUUAAGGACACGGAAACUUCCUUAUUUUAGGUCAGCUGAUAAAGUUGGAUAAUAUGAUGUCUUUCCCCUACAGAUCUUGCUUUAUGCUCUUAAAUUCUCACAGCAGCAACUCUUUGUUGCUUCCCUAGCAGGAACUCCACCUACUUAAAAUGAAUGUAUAAGGUGUUUUCUCUUUGGCAAUGUAUAUAUUCUCAAAAUCAUUAUUGUCUUGGCUAGUUUUCUAAAUGUAGUGAUUAGGAAUAUCAAUAAUGUUGAUGAAUAUGGACUUCUGUGGAUCACUGUUGCCCUUCUGAAAGUCCCUGUUCUCCAGAGACUUACAAGUAAGCAUGUGUUAUUAAGACUAGGAACAUAAAAAGCUAAAUUCACUCAGACAAUUAUUUUAUUACAUUAAAUUGACUUAUACUCUGCAGUUGUAUUCUGGAGCUCUUUGGGCAAAGGUAGGUUCUCUCACACUAUCCCCAGCUUAUCAGGAAUAUCCUUUGCUUCCAAAGGAAUGGAGAAAAAAAUUAUUCUGAUCACCUACAUAAGCGCAUUAGAUUUGUAAUUUCUAUAGUAUGUAUUGCACUUGCUGACAAUUUCAAACAGAAAAAAUGCAAUCAGAAUUUUUAAUGCUAGUGUUAAACUUGAGAAUUUGUGUGUUCACAUUGUAAAACUGGAAUGGUAGAGGCUUUAAAUAGCAGGUGCUAUCUUGCCAGCCAUUUUUGUAGAGAUAUAACUGCUGCUUCCUGUCAGAAAAAAACAUCCUGCUUGCUCAAAGGCUUCUUCACAUGCUGCGUGCUUCUCUCCCACUUUGCGAUUUUCUUUUCCCUGCAUCACGGAAUUCUUCAAGGAAUAUACGGUCUUUCUCUCUAAGAGCACUUUACUAUGUACGUUUCAGUCUACAGUUUCACCAUGAGGAUGUCUGUUCCUAGUAAGUCUGGAUGGAAAUACUGGCAGUUAAGUCUGCGUGUGUUGUGCACAAUGGUUGAAGUUGCAUUAGUUUCUGCAGAACUCUGUCCUAUCGGGUAUCAACACUGCAGUAUGUAGCAAGCCGUAGCACUUCACUGAAAUUCAGAGAAGAUUCUAAAUAAUGGUGUUUUAUUCUACAGAACUUUACUAGACAUACCAGAAAUUAUAUUUAACCCAUUGCAAAAUAUUUAACUGAGCAAACCAGUAACUUUUGUUCAACUAGAAUGUUGGUAUUUGAGUAAGUUUUUUAACUUUUUUGCAAGAUGUCAAAAUGCAAGUAAGGAAUAGGCAUGAGACAGGUUUUCCUGACAAAUACUUAGAAGGAUUUGUUAGAGCAGCAAUUAUCACAAGUAUCUAACAAACAUAGUUUAGUCGUGAUAUUUGAAAAUUAACAAUUUGGGGAAUUUUAAUUAGAAUGUGAUUUGAGUUUUAAUUUGAAGUGCCAUACUAAAAAUCUUAGAAAUUAAAGUUGCAUUUACUAGACAUGAAGAGUAUCAGCAUAUUUUUACUGAUGUGUCUGCUCUUUGCCAUCCUCGUGCAGAAAGGAGGACUCGAGCUUAGGAGUGCAAAGUGAAUUAAUU